CUCACAGAGACGGUUUCCGGGUUUCCCUUCCUGGGCUGGGACAGCGGCAAGAGGCAAAAGCUCCAGUUGAUUAACAAUAAUUCAAAGUUACGUUCAGCAGGCUCGUCAGCCAUCCAGUAAACCGCAGCGAUGUCUCAGUCUGGAGAGAAAGGGAAGUUCCCAGAUGCAACAGGUUAUGUAGGGUUUGCCAACCUCCCAAACCAAGUGCACCGAAAAUCUGUGAAAAAAGGGUUUGAAUUUACCCUUAUGGUUGUUGGGGAGUCUGGCUUGGGCAAAUCGACACUUAUAAACAGCCUGUUUCUCACUGAUCUCUACCCUGAACGCUACAUCCCUGGUGCCGCAGAGAAGAUUGAGAGGACGGUGCAGAUUGAGGCAUCAACGGUGGAGAUCGAGGAGAGAGGAGUAAAGCUUCGCCUCACCGUGGUUGACACCCCUGGAUACGGCGAUGCCAUCAAUAGCCAGGACUGCUUCAAGACCAUCAUCCAGUACAUUGACAAUCAGUUUGAGCGAUACCUCCAUGAUGAGAGCGGGCUGAACCGAAGACACAUAGUGGACAACAGGGUGCACUGCUGCUUCUACUUCAUAUCUCCAUUUGGACAUGGUCUAAAGCCUCUGGAUGUGGAGUUCAUGAAGGCCAUCCACAGCAAAGUCAACAUAGUCCCAGUCAUUGCCAAGGCUGACACACUGACACUGAGAGAGAGAGAUCGCCUGAAGAGGAGGAUCCUGGAUGAGAUCGCAGAGCAUGGGAUCAGAAUUUAUCAGCUACCUGACGCCGACUCUGACGAGGACGAGGAGUUCAAGGAGCAGACCAGAGUCCUGAAGGCGAGCAUUCCCUUUGCUGUGAUUGGUUCCAACCAGCUGAUUGAGGUGAAGGGGAAGAAGAUCCGUGGUCGUCUCUACCCCUGGGGAGUUGUUGAAGUGGAGAACCCUGAGCACAAUGACUUCCUCAAACUACGCACCAUGCUUGUGACCCACAUGCAAGACCUCCAGGAGGUAACUCAAGAUCUGCAUUAUGAGAACUUCCGUUCAGAGAGGCUGAAGAGAGUGGGCGGGGAUGCGGAUGAGGAUGUGAUGGACAAGGAUCAGAUCCUGCUACAGAAAGAGGCAGAGCUGAGACGCAUGCAGCAGAUGAUCGCUCAGAUGCAGGCACAGAUGAAGAUUAAAUCAGACGAAUGAAAGAGUCAGAGCAGAAGGGAAACUCGGUGAUACCAACCCCCUCAACACACACACACACACACGUAUAUAUGUAUGUAUGUGUGUAUAUAUAUAUA